GUGCACCUAAACUCUCACUCCGAGCGACUCAUUAUCUGCUGGGAAAGUCCAUCUAGUAUCGAUAUCGGAAAUACUAUAACUUUGGUACGCCUUCAUCGUUCAUCAUUCAUCUUCGCAGUGGUUCCACUCAAGACCGUUCUAUCAUGGUGUGAUUGGUGGUGUGUCAAGCUUGCGAACGGAUCCUUGUGAAACAUCUUUUCUCAGUCAUCAUGUUUUUUUUUUUCAAAGAGUUGAGUCCUUUCGCUCUACCGUGUACGACUUGGUCAUUCUCUAGUAUAUCAUUAUGGAGGAAAGUUGGGACAAUGCUUUCCAACAACUAGUUGCCACUGAAUAACAACGGAUUUUGAUUGUUCAAGUCUAGUGGGCCCUUCACAUCUUGCUACCAAAAGCUGUCUGUCGAGCACAUGUGGCAUGGCGACGGUCCUGACAUUCACUGAGCAGUAUACAAGGAAGAAAUCUUAAUAUCCUUGCGUAAUUGGUUGAUACAGUAUCUUACUGAAAGGCAUGUUAACUUCUCCUACCACAAGGAAUUCAAUUUUUUUCAACAGAGGGUGGAGGAAUUCGGUCAGUAUAAAUAUGGUAAAAGAGAAGUCGACAAAGAAUUCCAAAAACUUCGAAAUGCGUAUGUAAAAGAGAGUUCUGAGUUACGAAAACUCUCAGAUCACUUUAGCGUUCCAACCAAGGGAAGAAGGUAGGUGUUGAAUCGGAGUACCGCCACGAGAACCUGUUGACUUGUUGGACUUGGGUGUUUGCUUGCAAGCGUCGCAGGUGGUAUAUUUUCUGAUGACUUGACGCAUAGAAGUCUACAUAAUAUUCAGGCUGAAGAUAUAAUUCAACGACCCAACACCACCAGCUAGGGCCAGAAAAAUCCAUAGAAUCCACGGAGACACGGUUCAUGGUAGACACCUGGAAUUUGGACAUGGUGAAGAGCUGUGGAGGAAGAGAAGGGCGGUAUCUUCCACAAAGUACUAAAUGCCCUCAAAACACCAUUCGAAUAUCGACAGACCGCUCUGAUAUAAGCAAUAUCUGAAUCCGCCUUCUUUCUCCCUCCCCCGUCUUGUUUGGAUGACAUCUUUCCGUUUUGAAUCCUCUCCAGCCCUUGUAUUGUAUUGGUCUCUUUGGGUGCUCAAUUUCUUUGAUUACUAGUGCCCAUGUCUGCCCCAUUACCGUCCUCUGGAUCGUUUCUGCAAGCUGUUAGAUCUUCUGCCCGUAUCAUUCGUGAAAAUUCUCAGAUCAAGAUCGACCCAAAAGACGUGGAGCGCCUCCUUCAAUCACCCACAUUUACCUCCUCCUUUCAACGUGUCUCCCAACUCCACGGCCUAGCUUUACCCCUCAAGUUUUCAUCCCCCCUCGCUGAACUCAAUCUCAUCUCAAUCUUGUCGCUCUUGAAUUUCGCAUCGGGAUAUCGUUUGCCUCUACACAAUGCUACUAAACGUGGAGCAUGGGACAACAUACGCGCUUUAGUGUUUGGAAUGUACAUAUCCUCUGCAGCCGAUGAGGGCGAUCUCAUGUCUGCAAGAGGUAUGUCGGGAAUAUCGGAAGCCAAGGUAGCAGAACUUAUGCAAGUGGACAUUUACGUUGAAAAGGCUCAUGACUCUAUUCCAGGCGUUACAGUUGGAGAACUAGGUGGACCUCUGUACGAACUUGUCAAGUUGAUCGUGGGCGUUCUCAAAGAGACCGGGAAGAUUUUGUUGCACUCGGGAUAUCCUGAUUUCGGUACCUUUGUCGCCGAAUCGUUGAAGGAAGGGGCUCGAGUGAAAGCGGGCAAUAAUGUUCCAGAUGCCGAUGUUGAAGUUGUGUUAGAAAUGCUCGUUAGGGCUUUUCCGGCGUUCCAAGACAUGGCGGUAGUUGACGGGCAACCUGUCUACUGCUUCAAGAAAGCCUUGUUCUUGAUCCAUGCGAUCAAGCUUCGCUUUGGCUCAGAUGCAGGAGGAUCUCCGUUUCCUAUCCCUGACACCUCGCGGAUUCCAGUCUUCUCGGACAAUGUCAUCCCUUCACUCUUAAUUUACCUUGGAGUGCUGGACAUCACGUCGUCACCCAGCCUGUGCGGCUUGUUUCCAGGCGUUAGAGAAACAUAUUUGGCACUUCUCGAAGCUCCUCCAUCCAAUACCGGAAACGACAGUAUCUUCUUAAAAGAUGGUCCGUUUCUGAGCGUUGACCAGGCAUAUAUCCUCCGUGCUGCAGCUAUCGAUGCUUGCGAGGUGAUUGUAGAAACAGCUCGAACACUCCCAGUCGCUCUAUCAUUGGAAUGGUUCAGCUCGAUUACACUUCCAGACGUUGACGGAUGGCUGUGGUCUAUAGCAAAGGAUCGCGAGGAUUAUCGCGGGAAGCUGGAAAGGUUUGUUCUGAGAAACACUGUAUUCUUUUGA